UGUGUUAACCACAACCAACAUGCUGGAUCUCUGUUUAGGGGUCAGUGCUCUAAAAUGAGUCUCUCUGGGGAGAGAGAGGAGGGGGGCCCUGCCUCUAAAAUGAGCCUCUCUGGAGAGAGAGAAGAGGGACCUGCCUCUAAAAUUAGUCUCUCGGGAGAGAGAGAAGAUGGACCUGCCUCUAAAAUUAGUCUCUCUGGGGAGAGAGAGGAGGGGGUCCCUGCCUCUAAAAUUAGUCUCUCUGGGGAGAGAGAGGAGGGGGUCCCUGCCUCUAAAAGGUGUCUCUCUGGGGAACAUCACACCAAAGCUAACAGCCCAAUCAAGCAGGAGAGACCAGCCUCCCCUGUUCCCAGCUGUGUGUCCAUGAAGAGUGACAAGUCUAUGGGUGUACCUAUAUUCUUCAGAGAGGAAGAUAUGUAUACUGAACAAAGAAACCAACAGGAGAGAUCAGAGUCAGAGAUUCUCAGUGUUCAGUCUUCCCAGAGUCAUCAAACAGACCUGGCCUCCAUAUUCAGUUUGCUUGAACAGAAUAUUAUGACAUUUGUGAAGAACGAGCUGAAGAUGUUCAAGAGGAUUCUUAGUCCAGAACUCCCAGAAGGCUUUGAGAGUCAGGAGCAGGAUAAGGAAGUGGUGGAUGCUGAAGAUGAGCAGCAGGAGAGCAGUGCCAGAGAGGGGGCUCUGAAGAUCACACUGCACAUCCUGAGGAAAAUGAACCAGAAGGAGCUUGCUGACACACUGGAGAAAUGUAAGAUCUGUCUGCCUCAUGUUGAAUGCUGUUUUAUAACAUUUAAAAGCUGUAGCUAAAGUACAGCUAAAGUAGCUGUGUAACUCAAUGAUAUUGUA